UGAUGCAUCAUCCAAGCGGUGGUUGGGAGGAUUUGCAGCCGAAUUUUUGGUUUUCCCUCCCCCUUACAUACAUUCUGGCCUUUUCCUGCCUUUUCUGUUUUCCUUCUUCCUGGGAAGUGAAUUGCUGAUGCAGAUCGGACUUAAUUCAUUAAUGAUGCAACCGGAUUCGUUUCAGGAUUAUGUUGCACGAGUUGAAUUUUGAAUGAAGGAGAAGAGUUCCCCCCGCCCCCCCUUAAAGAAGUGUUGACUCUUUGGUUCGUUGUACUUUUAAUUAUUAUCUUAUUUAAACAUACGAUUUAAUUGUAUUCUUUAAAAUGUAUCAAAUAUAUAUUUUAUGGUAACUGUCCCUCAGAAUAUAUGUAUAUGUGCGAAAUUGAAGACGCUUCAGUUAAGUGAGGGUACCGGUGUGUUGGAUGUUUAAUUCAGCACCGGCAUUGCGUGACAGUUGUUUGAAUAACAAGUGGUUUGUUUUUAAAACCACACCUUUUAAACUUUAGGUUCAAAGAAUCAGAGUAGGAGUCAUUAAUAAUAAUUUAAAGGAAAACCAGCAGAAAUCGAAGCCAACAUGUCUGGAGAAGUGCGUUUGAGGCAGUUGGAGCAGUUUAUUUUGGAUGGGCCGGCUCAGACCAAUGGGCAGUGCUUCAGCGUGGAAACGUUACUGGAUAUACUCAUCUGCCUUUAUGAUGAAUGCAAUAACUCUCCGCUGAGAAGAGAGAAGAACAUUCUUGAAUACCUAGAAUGGGCUAAACCAUUUACUUCUAAAGUGAAACAGAUGCGGUUACAUAGAGAAGACUUUGAAAUAUUAAAGGUGAUUGGCCGAGGAGCUUUUGGAGAGGUUGCUGUGGUAAAACUGAAAAAUGCAGACAAAGUAUUUGCCAUGAAAAUAUUGAAUAAAUGGGAAAUGCUGAAAAGAGCGGAGACAGCCUGUUUUCGUGAAGAAAGGGACGUCUUAGUGAAUGGAGACAAUAAAUGGAUUACAACUUUGCAUUAUGCUUUCCAGGAUGACAAUAACUUAUAUCUGGUUAUGGAUUAUUAUGUUGGUGGGGAUUUGCUAACUCUGCUCAGCAAAUUUGAAGACAGAUUGCCUGAAGAUAUGGCUCGAUUUUACCUGGCGGAGAUGGUGAUAGCAAUCGACUCAGUUCAUCAGCUGCACUAUGUACACAGAGACAUCAAACCUGACAAUAUAUUGAUGGAUAUGAAUGGACAUAUUCGGUUAGCAGAUUUUGGAUCUUGUCUGAAACUGAUGGAAGAUGGAACCGUCCAGUCCUCAGUGGCGGUUGGAACUCCAGAUUAUAUCUCUCCGGAAAUCCUCCAAGCCAUGGAAGACGGAAAAGGCAGAUACGGCCCCGAAUGUGACUGGUGGUCUCUGGGGGUCUGUAUGUAUGAAAUGCUGUAUGGAGAGACACCGUUUUAUGCAGAAUCUCUGGUGGAGACGUACGGGAAAAUCAUGAAUCACAAAGAAAGGUUUCAGUUCCCACCUCAGGUGACAGAUGUAUCGGAACAUGCCAAGGACCUUAUUCGAAGGCUCAUCUGCAGCAGAGAGCAUCGGCUUGGCCAGAACGGAAUAGAAGACUUUAAGAAACACCCCUUCUUCAGUGGGAUCGACUGGGAUAAUAUUCGAAACUGUGAAGCACCCUAUAUUCCAGAAGUUAGUAGCCCAACAGAUACAUCGAAUUUUGACGUAGACGACGAUUGUUUAAAGAACACUGAAACGAUGCCGCCACCAACACACACUGCGUUUUCUGGCCACCACCUGCCGUUCGUGGGUUUUACCUAUACUAGUAGCUGCGUUCUUUCUGACCGGAGCUGUUUGAGAGUCACCGCAGGCCCCGCCUCCCUGGAUCUCGAUGCCAGCGUCCAGAGGACUCUGGAUAACAACUUAGCCACGGAAGCUUAUGAAAGAAGAAUUAAACGCCUUGAACAGGAAAAGCUUGAACUUAGUAGGAAGCUUCAAGAGUCAACGCAGACCGUCCAAGCCCUGCAGCACUCCACUGUCGACGGCCCCCUGGCGGCGAGCAAAGAUUUGGAGAUAAAAAGCUUGAAGGAAGAAAUUGAAAAACUAAGGAAACAAGUAAGAGAGUCGAGUCACUUGGAACAGCAACUUGAAGAAGCUAACUCAGUGAGGCGAGAGCUAGAUGAGGCUUUUAGACAAAUCAAGGCUUAUGAAAAACAAAUCAAAACGUUGCAGCAAGAACGGGAAGAAUUAAAUAAGGAACUAGUCCAGGCUAGUGAGCGAUUAAAAAACCAGUCCAAAGAGCUGAAAGACGCACACUGCCAGAGGAAGCUGGCCAUGCAGGAGUUCAUGGAGAUCAAUGAGCGGCUCACAGAAUUGCACACCCAAAAACAGAAACUUGCUCGCCAUGUCCGAGAUAAGGAAGAAGAGGUGGACCUGGUGAUGCAAAAGGUUGAAAGCUUAAGGCAAGAACUGCGCAGAACAGAAAGAGCCAAAAAAGAGCUGGAAGUUCAUACAGAAGCUAUAGCUGCCGAAGCGUCUAAAGACAGGAAAUUGCGUGAACAGAGCGAACACUAUUCUAAGCAACUGGAAAAUGAGUUGGAGGGACUAAAGCAAAAACAAAUUAGUUACUCACCAGGAGUAUACAGCAUAGAACAUCAGCAAGAGAUAACUAAACUAAAGACAGAUUUGGAAAAGAAAAGUAUCUUUUAUGAAGAAGAAUUAUCUAAAAGAGAAGGAAUACAUGCAAAUGAAAUUAAAAACCUGAAGAAAGAACUACAUGAUUCAGAAGGCCAGCAACUUGCUUUGAACAAAGAAAUUAUGAUUUUGAAAGACAAAUUGGAAAAAAACAGGAGAGAGAGCCAAAGUGAAAGAGAAGAAUUUGAAAAUGAGUUCAAACAGCAGUAUGAACGAGAAAAGGUGUUACUAACUGAAGAAAAUAAAAAACUGACCAGUGAACUUGAUAAGCUCACCACCCUGUACGAGAACUUAGGCGUGCGCAACCAGCAGCUGGAAGAAGAGGUGAAAGACCUGGCAGACAAGAAAGAGUCCGUGGCACAUUGGGAAGCCCAGAUCACAGAAAUAAUUCAGUGGGUCAGUGAUGAAAAGGAUGCACGAGGGUAUCUUCAGGCCUUGGCUUCUAAAAUGACUGAAGAGUUGGAAGCGUUAAGGAACUCCAGCUUGGGCACACGAGCCACGGACAUGCCCUGGAAAAUGCGUCGUUUUGCGAAGCUGGACAUGUCCGCUCGACUGGAGUUGCAGUCAGCCCUGGACGCAGAAAUAAGGGCCAAGCAGGCCAUCCAGGAGGAGCUGAACAAAGUGAAGGCGUCCAACAUCAUAACGGAAUGUAAACUAAAAGAUUCGGAGAAGAAGAACCUGGAACUACUCUCAGAAAUCGAACAACUGAUAAAGGACACAGAGGAGCUUAGAUCUGAAAAGGGUAUAGAGCACCAAGACUCACAGCAUUCUUUCUUGGCAUUUUUGAAUACGCCUACCGAUGCUCUGGAUCAAUUUGAACGCUCUCCGUCCUGCACUCCAGCUAGCAAAGGCAGACGUACCGCAGACAGCACUCCACUCCCAGCGCACACACCCACCCUAAAGAAAAAGGCCUGCCCCGGCUCAGCCGGCGCCCCGCCCAAGCGCAAGACGCACCAGUUCUUCGUCAAGUCGUUCACUGCCCCCACCAAGUGUCACCAGUGCACCUCGCUGAUGGUGGGCUUGAUCCGGCAGGGCUGUUCCUGUGAAGUGUGUGGAUUCUCGUGUCAUAUCACCUGUGUCAACAAAGCUCCCACCGUGUGUCCGGUGCCCCCUGAACAGACCAAAGGUCCCCUGGGCAUAGACCCUCAGAAAGGAAUAGGAACAGCAUACGAAGGUCAUGUCAGGAUCCCAAAGCCCGCCGGGGUGAAGAAGGGGUGGCAGAGAGCGCUGGCCGUGGUUUGCGACUUCAAGCUCUUUCUGUACGACGUUGCUGAGGGAAAAGCGUCUCAGCCCAGUGUGGUCGUCAGUCAGGUGAUUGACAUGAGGGAUGAAGAGUUCUCUGUGAGCUCAGUCCUGGCUUCUGACGUCAUUCACGCAAGUCGGAAAGAUAUCCCCUGUAUAUUUAGAGUCACCACUUCCCAGCUCUCCGCGCCUAAUAACAAGUGUUCGGUCCUGAUGCUGGCGGACAGCGAGAACGAGAAGAGCAAGUGGGUGGGGGUGCUGAGCGAGCUGCACAAGAUCCUGAAGAAAAACAAAUUCAGAGAUCGCUCGGUCUACGUUCCCAAGGAGGCCUAUGACAGCACCCUGCCCCUCAUCAAAACCACCCAGGCCGCUGCGAUCAUAGAUCACGAAAGGAUAGCUCUGGGCAACGAAGAAGGUUUGUUUGUCGUGCACGUCACCAAAGACGAAAUUAUUAGAGUUGGCGACAAUAAGAAGGUGCAUCAGAUUGAGCUCAUUCCACACGACCAGCUUGUUGCCGUGAUCUCAGGACGGAACCGUCACGUACGACUCUUCCCUGUGUCAGCCUUGGACGGACGAGAGACGGAGUUCUACAAGCUGGCGGAGACGAAAGGGUGUCAGACCAUCACUUCUGGGAAGGUGCGCCAUGGAGCCGUCACGUGCCUGUGCGUGGCCAUGAAACGGCAGGUCCUCUGCUAUGAACUGUUCCAGAGCAAGACCCGGCACAGGAAGUUCAAGGAGAUCCAAGUCCCGUACAAUGUGCAGUGGAUGGCGGUCUUCAGCGAGCACCUCUGUGUGGGCUUCCAGUCGGGGUUUCUGCGGUACCCCCUGAACGGAGAGGGGGGCCCGCACAGCAUGCUCCACUCGAACGAUCACACACUGUCCUUCAUUGCGCACCAGCCCAUGGACGCCAUCUGCGCGGUCGAGAUCUCCAGUAAAGAGUACCUGCUGUGUUUUAGCAGCAUCGGGGUGUACACGGACUGCCAGGGCCGCAGGUCCAGGCAGCAGGAGCUGAUGUGGCCGGCGAGCCCUUCCUCUUGUUGUUACAACGCACCCUAUCUCUCAGUGUACAGUGAAAAUGCGGUUGACAUCUUCGAUGUGAAUUCCAUGGAAUGGAUUCAGACUCUCCCACUCAAAAAGGCUCGACCUUUAAACAGUGAAGGAUCAUUAAAUCUUUUAGGCUUGGAGACAAUUAGAUUAAUAUAUUUCAAAAACAAGAUGGCAGAAGGGGAUGAACUGGUAGUUCCUGAAACCACAGAUAAUAGUCGGAAACAAAUGGUUAGAAAUAUUAACAACAAGCGGCGUUACUCCUUCAGAGUCCCGGAGGAGGAAAGGAUGCAACAGAGGAGAGAGAUGCUCCGAGAUCCUGAAAUGAGAAAUAAACUAAUUUCUAACCCAACCAAUUUUAACCACAUAGCACACAUGGGCCCCGGGGACGGAAUCCAGAUCCUGAAAGACCUGCCCAUGCCAGGCUUCCCGUAUCCGUCCCCUCACCGUCACCCCGGUCUGAUCUCCUCUCCGGUCAACUUUGAGCACAUCUAUCACAUGACUGUUAAUUCUGCUGAAAAAUUUCUCUCUCCUGACUCCAUAAACCCUGAACACCCCCCGUGUCUGCGCUCUGUCCCCGGCACGCCCAGCCUCACGACUCUGAGGAACCCUCGGCCUCAGGAAAGUCGGACAGUAUUCAGUGGCUCAGUCAGUAUUCCAUCGAUCACCAAGUCCCGCCCUGAACCCGGUCGCUCCAUGAGUGCCAGCAGUGGCCUGUCGGCAAGGUCGUCCGCACAGAACGGCAGCGCGCUGAAGAGAGAGUUCUCCGGAGGAAGCUACAGCGCGAAGCGGCAGCCGCUGCCGUCCCCGUCCGAGGGCUCGCUGUCUUCGGGAGGCAUGGACCAAGGGAGUGACACUCCGGCCAGAGACUACGACGGGGAGGACUCCGACUCUCCGAGGCAUUCCACAGCUUCCAACAGCUCCAACCUGAGCAGCCCGCCCAGCCCGGCGUCCCCGCGGAAGACCAAGAGCCUCUCUCUGGAGAGCACGGACCGCGGGACCUGGGACCCGUGACCCGCCUCGACCCCAGAUGGACCAGAGCCACUUCUCACUCUCAGCCGCCCGCCCCGCGCUCCCUUCCGUCUGUCCCUCCGCCUCUGCCUGACAGCCCCGUGGUGGCAGCGGUGGGGGGCAGGACUCAGGAGUGUGACGGUGGCUCCCAGACCUGCCCCUCUGCUUCACAGCAACAACCAUAAAGGCAGACGUUCAUGGAACAGCUUAGAUUAACACUGAUUUCAUUUCAUACCCUUAGAGUUGCUUUCCAUAAUAUUUUACCCGCGCCCCCCAACGGUAGCUUCAGUAGACCGAUGACACAAAGUUGUAAGCACUACGGUAGGAUUAGACAGACUCUGUUUUCUCUGCCCCUCUCAGUGUAGUCCCCAGAUGGCACUCGGGUUCUCGGGUGUUCCCGGAGCUCCCGUCCGCACCCACAGUGCACGUCGCCCCGGUCGUUGCCAGUCAGCCCUUAUUAAUGAAAACAAUGCCUAUUUUACUACGAUGCAGAGUUUAAAGAACUACACAAAUGUAGAGGUUAAAUACUGAAUGUACAUAGUGAAAAGAAGCAUCUUGUAUUCAGUGAAAGAUGGAUGCAUAUAUAAGAGAGCAUUUAAUUUAAAGAAGUGUGUUGUUUCUUGUCUGUUUUCCAGCUAAGUAAUUUAAACAGCAGAAAGGCCUGGAGCUGACCUUGCGGAGGGAGAGGGAGAGGAAUCAGGGUUCCCUUUGGUGCCGCAUCCUCGCGCUGGGGCAGGGCCCAGUCCCCUGGGAGCUGUAGGAAACCGUGCAGACUUCAGUGUUGUGGGGUUGGUGUACGCCUGGGCGCCAGACUUUUUGACAUUUGAGGCCUCUGCAGCAGCAGCCUCAGGAGGCAGAUUUCCUUCUAUCCAAGACCUUUCUUUUUCUAGUAGAAUUGAGCCACGCUUCUGUUUGAUACAGUGGUACCUUCUGCAGAUGAAUGUAGAAAUUCAGUUUUGUUACCUUCUGAUCCCUUCCAUCCGACACAAGGAACUCAGUGGCUUCUGAAGGGCCAUGAGAGGGUCUUAGAAGUGCUUUUCUUUCUGGGCUAAUCCCAUCCCCCCUAGUGGCAGUGAGGUGUCUGUCCCCGAGCUGAGCCGGUGUCUCAGGGAGGAGUCUGUUUUGAGUGUGGUGCCAGCUUCCUCAGAUAAGCCUGGGAAAGGGGUUUAAUUACCAAAUAAUAGAAAACCUCAAAUGCAAGGACUUGAACAGCCUUAACCAAAUAUUCUUUCCCAUACGCAGUGGGUAAUGCACGUGUUCACAGGGCACGGCAGGAGGUCUGCCCAGCGUGGGCGGGCAAGUGCUGCCUUGACCGGAUAAGCUUUUCCCCUCAUUUGCUACAUUGUGUUGUUAGUUACAUUUCCGUUUGAAUUCCUGCUGUUUUAAUUACUGCAAGGAAAUGAGAUGCAGAACCAGAACUUUUUUCCUGUCAUUUCACCAGUUAAGCACAUGAUAGAGAAAGAGAUAGAAAUAAACAUAUCUCAUGGAAGUAAAGAGAAUUCUCUCCUCUUUUUCUUUUUAUCUAAAUUUGAGAACUAGAAACAGGAUUUUUUUCCCCCUCUCUUUGAACUUCAGCUAAAGCGGAAGAGUUUGCCUGCAGCGGCAGGGUCGGAACACUGCAGUCACCGGAGUCUGCGCAGCCCUGAGCAGCCGUGCCUGCCUGCCAGGCCACUGCGAGCCCCAGGGGGCCGAGCCUGCUUCCAGGUCCAAGCUGCUCUGUGCAGAAGGUCAUCGAGGUUCAGUGACAGGAGAAAAGAUCCUGUUUGGGGAUUAUAUCGCAAAAGGUUACAGUAGAGAAGUUAAAAAUAAUGUUAAGCUUUGACAUUUAGACGUUCUGAGCUAGGGACUCACUCCGAUGUGACAGUUUUACUUUGGUUGGGCCUGACUUACUGUGCAGUUCUAACCUCCCAGAUCUUUUUGCUUUUGGAAAAGAAGCGUCACGGAAGACUGUUUUGUACCUCCGGUAUCCAGGGCUGGACCUUGAGUUGGGUUAUUGCCAUAUGACUCUGGUAGCUCCUUAAACUUGGCAUUUCCCAGGAGAGGAGGGAAGCAACCAGCCGGCCAGUGGCUGAGUGUCUGGCCGGCUGCCUCCUCCCCUCCUGACCCUCCUUUUCCUCUCUAUUCCUUGGUCCUCACAUACCCCCCACCUGCUUCUCUUCCCUGGGACUCUGUACUAAGUCAUUAGUUUAUCUCUCCGACAACUAAGUGAGUGUUUGUUGCCUGUAGGUGCUUACUUUUUAAAGGAUGCUUUUAGGAUCAAAAUAUAAUCCUACUGAAGCCUGGACUCCACUAGUGAGUCGUACCCUUCAGCCUCCCAACAGGGCAGAUGAGAGCAAGCUCGUUCCGGCUGCCGGGAUCACAGGCCAUCACUUCUUGGUAACCCUGUGGAGUGCGGCCUAGCACGUUCGCUUUCCGCAGCAAUCGUACGUGGUACCGGCCCCACACCCGGCUAGAUUCUAACAGCAGGACUCCGGAAGAAACACAGACUGGGUUCUAGUUUGGCAGGCUCCCAAGAUAAUGAUCCCCCUACCAGUCUCAUCCCCAACACCAAGUGGGCGCCUUCAGAAGCUUCUAAGGAGAAUGAUUUGAAAAGACAGGGAUGAGUGCCCGGGAAACGGCGAUCACUCGGAGGGAUCAGUAGCCAGGGUCACGGGAAGGUUUCCGUGCCGUCUGAGGUCACCCUUGUGUUUGUGGGGGACACUUUAAAACGUACACGGCAGCAGGAACUCCGUUCUCUUCUCAGUAGAAAGGAACAAUAAGCGAAGGGACAUUUCUGACAUAGCCCGAAGUGUUGGUAUUUGGUGCUACUUACGUCCAGCCAGUUUGUUGUCGACCCUCGAAUUCUAAUUUAAUCUUGUCAUGUGCUUUGGGUGUAUGAAAUUAUGUAUAUACAUACAUAUUUCUUUUUACCAAAAACAAGCCUUCCUUCUUAUCAAAUGACUAUUAACGUGUAUUUCACUUCCUUAAUCAUGUGUGGACACACACACAGCACACGCCCUGCUAGCUUAGUGACUUGUUUUCCCGGGAGCACAGUGUUCAGGCCAUGCGAUACACAGCUGAAAGGUCUCUCGAGCUUUCCAAUCAGUUCUUGUACCCAAGCUUCAGGGAGGACUCUGAAAUUCAUAUUAUGUUUACAGCAACAACCUGCCAUUCCCUGGCUGGCUCUCAACCUUUCCCUGCUUUCCGCAUUGUUAGAAUCAGUCAUUUUGUUUCUUAGCAGCCACACCUACUUCUGUGAAAGCCCAGGUGGCAUUUAUGUGGACUCAGGUACCUUCGAGAAGAGCCAGCGCAGGGCUGGGCGGACAUCCCCUCCCCCCACGUACAGCAGGGCCCUUUGCCUGCCUCUGGCUGUGGUCGCGCCCUGUGGUCUCGGCUGCACGGGGCCUUGGGAUGCUCACUGUCCACUUUCUGGACUGAGUGGCACUCUCAGCAUUGGUCACACUUCGCCACUCCCCAGAUCCGCUGGGCACAGCAGGGAAGUAACGGGCACUUCCCGCCCCACCUCCCCGGGCCCGGCCCCUCAUGACGUUUCCUGGAGUCCAUCUCUAAAACCUCUCUCCUUGUUAUGUCUUCAGUUGUCACUCAAGCCCAGCGUUCUCUGCAGAGUCCCUUGCUUCGCCAGAGCUCCCUCUCCCAGCCCAGCACUGGCCAGCAGGCCCGGCCUCUCGCCCUCCCCAGGGGCAGCCCUGGCACACAGAACCUUGUCCUUUUCGGGGGGCGGGGUAGGGGGAGGUUGACAGAACCAAAUCAACCCUGAAAUCUCAUGAAAACAAAAUGACCUGCCUCUUUAUUUGAUAGUGUAAUAUCAUUUGUUUCAUAAGUUCUUUAGGGUUUUUUCUCAUUGUAAUAUUAUUGUACAGUUUUGCAUGGCCUAGGUGUAAUCAUUUUUUUUUUGUUUAGAGUAUAAUGCUGACAAAUGAUGUGCGUAUGGAAGGGGAAAAGAUAUUGCUUUGGCCUUUUAUCACUUCCUCAUUUCAUUUUGUUUGAUUUUCUGCCCUCGGUGUCUUAGGGAAGUUUAUAAGAGAUUCUCUGCUACCAAACAGUGGUGUGGAUUCUUUUGCACAGAAAUAUUUAAGGUGGGAUAGUCAAAAAUGUAACAGAAGACUCCUCGCCAAUAUUUUAUGUCGGUAUCACUUAAUAUUAACCAGACUUUGAUGUAUUGCAAUAAAACAGGGAACUGUUAGAA